GGGCACCGCCCCUUGUGCAGCCCGGCCUGGCCUGUCAGCGGCGUCUCCUGCACCAUGGGGCGACUGGUGUCUCUGAGCCUGUUGGGGAUCACGCUGGCGUUCCUGGGCGAGAAGUUCCUGGUUCUCAGAAACCGACUGAAGGCCUCCCGAGAAGUAGAAUCUAUAGACCUUCUGAGCUGUCACCUGAUCAAAGGAAUUGAAGCUGGCUCCGAAGAUAUUGACAUUCUUCCCAAUGGCCUGGCCUUCUUCAGUGUGGGUCUAAAAUUACCAGGACUGCACAGCUUUGAACUGGAGAGGCCUGGAGGAAUACUAAUGAUGGAUCUAAAAGAGCAAAAACCCAGGGCUUUGGAAUUAAGAAUCAGCCGUGGAUUUAAUUUGGCUUCAUUUAAUCCACAUGGCAUCAGCACUUUUAUCGAUAACGAUGACACCAUUUACCUCUUUGUUGUCAACCACCCGGAACUCAAGAAUACAGUGGAAAUUUUUAAAUACGAAGAAGAAGAAAAUUCUCUUUUGCAUAUAAAAACUAUCAGCCAUGAGCUCUUUCCAAGUGUGAAUGACAUCGUAGCUGUUGGACCUGCACAUUUCUAUGCUACCAAUGAUCACUAUUUCUCUGAUACUUCCUUAAAGUAUUUGGAAACAUACUUCAAUUUACACUGGGCAAAUGUUGUCUACUACAGUCCAGAUGAAGUUAAAGUAGUAGCAGAAGGAUUUGAUACAGCAAAUGGAAUCAGUAUUUCACCUAAUGAGAAGUUCAUAUAUGUUGCUGACAUGUUGGCUCAUGAAAUUCACGUUUUGGAAAAACACAGUAAUAUGAAUUUAACUCAAUCGAAGGUCCUCAAGGUGGAUACGCUGGUGGAUAAUUUAUCUAUCGACCCUUCCUCGGGGGACAUCUGGGUGGGCUGUCACCCGAAUGGCCAGAAGCUCUUCAUGUAUGAUCCGAACAAUCCUCCUUCAUCAGAGGUUAUUAGAUUUUCAAUUUUCAACCUUAAUUAUUCAAGUCCUUGUGCACCAGGAAUACAAUACACAGUCACGCCGUGGUUUACUUAG